ACCUAAACAAAAAUUGGAAGCAAGAAAGUUUCUAGAAGCUCCCUAGCCUUUGUAUAUAAUGCACCAUAAAGCCCCAAACUUUAAUUUUUGUUCCAACUGAUCCUAAUACACAGCCACAAACCCUAGCUUUUCCGUUUACAGUCUCUCAGAUCUGACAAAUCCGCAACACCUAAUCUUAUAGCCAUGGGUUCCAGGAAGAACGAUUACGGCGAUGGCGCUAGUCCGGGAAAAAUCUUUAUUGGAGGUGUAGCGAAAGAGACGACGCGAGAACAAUUUGUGAAGUACUUUGAGAAGUACGGGGAGAUAAUAGACUCGGUGAUUAUGAAAGAUAGGCAAACAGGUAGACCCAGAGGUUUUGGGUUCAUCACUUUUGCGGAUCCAACAGUUGUAGACACUGUUAUAGCUGAGAACCAUAUUAUCAAUGACAAACAAGUUGAGAUUAAAAGAACCAUCCCGAAAGGAUCUGCUGAUUCAAAGGAUUUUAAAACAAGGAAGAUAUUUGUUGGUGGCAUUCCAACUACCAUGACUGAAGAUGAAUUCAAGAACUUUUUCUCCAAGUUUGGGAAAGUAACAGAGUAUGAGAUCAUACGAGAUCACGUGUCUAAGCGUUCUAGAGGCUUUGGAUUUAUUGUGUUUGACAAUGAAGAAGUAGUUGAUAAUUUGCUGGCUGAGGGAAAUAGGAUGGACAUGAUGGGUACUCAGGUUGAGAUCAAGAAGGCAGAACCAAAGAAACCCUCAAACCCAGCUUCUGCUCCUGCAUAUGGUAGUAAUUCUAGGGGGCGUGGAUUUGGUGAUAGUUAUGGAGGAUUUGCUGACUCAUAUAGCGGUUAUGACAGUGGAGGUUUUGGCCCUGCUCCUUAUAGGUCAUUUGGAUCUAGGUAUGGUGACUAUGGAUACAGUGGUAGAUAUGGAGACUUUGGCAGUAGUGAAUUUGGUGGUGGUUACCGUGGAGACCCCUCUCUUGGUUAUUCCAGUCGUUUUGGCUCGUAUGCUGGUGGUUAUGGUGGGGGAUACAGUAGCAGUGGGCUAGGAGCAUAUGGCCGUGGAGGUGGUUAUGGUGGUUAUGGGGGAGCUGGCCCUGGUGCUGGUUAUGAAUCUGGCCCUGGUGCUGCUUACGAAUCUGGCAGUGGUGCUGGUUAUGGUGGAUCAGGAGGUUUAUAUGGAAGUAGGGGAGGGUAUAGUGGCAGUGGCCGUUACCAUCCUUACUCCAGGUAGAUUUUCCUAAGCUUUAUAGGAGUUGCAUUCAGGUAUCUUGGUUACUGCAUCCUCAGGCAAGGUCGAGUAGAUAUCUUGGAUCACUAGCAAGAGGACACCACCUAGAAGAUUUGGAGAGCCCUAGUUUGCUACUUCUAAUUACGACUGUGUGACCAGAUAGAUAUUAGCUUCGGCUUUGUCUUAGUUUAUAAUUUUCUCUGUUUAUGAACUAUGAAUUAGCUAGAACCUUCUUUCGGAGUUCUUUUGUGUGUCUUGUAAGUUUGGUUUCAUAGAUACAUAUGUAGCAGGCUCGGAUUGUUCUAUGCUUAGUAAGUACUCUACUUCACAGGUAUCACUCUAUCUUAAGUUUACGAGCUUUUUACUUUUAAGAGAUCUA